AUGACGGAUCAGAUGCGUGAUAUGAUCGCUCAGCUGAUGGGAAGUCAGCAUGUCGAUAACAAAGAAAAGCCAGCCAUGCCGUUCGACCAUCACAGUGUUUGUCGUGCUUUCCUUUUGGGUGUGUGUCCGCAUGAUAUGGUGCCCGACAGUCGCCUUCAGAAUGUCGUUUCUUGUCGGAAGGUUCACGAGCCAGCUCACAAAGCAGAUUACGAGAGAGCACAGAAAGAGAGAGAUCACUUUUACGAUGUUGAUGCAUUCGAUAUAAUCGAAAACGCCGUUCGUCUUGUUGAUGUGGAAAUCGCAAAAGUCCGCGAAAAGCUAGAAGACGACGUUAAAACGCAGACGUCCCAAGCAGCGGACUCGAAAGCAAAACAAGUCGCUGAAAUCGAGGAAAAGAUUGCCAAGAAUGUAGACGAAAUAGAGAAACUAGGCAAUGAAGGGAAAAUCGAAGAGUCGAUGAAGUUGCACAAAUAUGUGGAAGAGCUAAAAGAAAAGAUUCAAGAAAUCGAGGAAAGUCAAACUGAAAUCAAAACUGCUGGGCCAGGGUCGAACUCUGCAAAAUUACGAGUCUGCGAAGACUGUGGAGCUCAAUUGAACAUCACCGAUCACGAAUCUCGUAUAGCUGAUCAUUACAAUGGAAAAAUGCACAUUGGAAUGGUCGAAACAAGAGAAACGUAUCUCAAGAUGAAGGAAACUAUCGACGAUCGUCGUAAGGAAAGAGACGAGAAGAUGGGAUCGCAGAGAGGUUAUCAGAGAAGAGAUACUUACGCAAGACGUGACAGAGAUCGAGGAGACUACCGAGGCGACCGUGAUCGUGAUCGUGAUCGUGACCGUCGUAACCGCGACAGAAGCCGUUCGCGCGAACGUUCCUACAGAAGAGACGACAGAGAUCGUAGAUACGACCGGGACAGUCGUGACAGACGAGAUCGCGAUCGUCGUUACUGA